UUUCCUUCCCGGGACACGAAGUAAGCGUUACAAAAGGAGUGUCCUCUAUGCUCUUCUUCUCUCUUCUCUUACCCACUCUGCUGUCUGCUCCUACACCCAUUCUCUGCAUUCCCAUCCAAUGGACCCGCCCGCAUCCUACAUUUCCUCCUCCGACCUCGCCAACCACAACACGCGCCACGACGCUUGGAUCUCCAUCCACGGCGCCGUCUACGACGUCACCGAAUGGCUCCACCGCCACCCCGGGGGCUCCCUCCCCCUCCUCACGCUCGCCGGCCGCGACGCCACUGAUGCCUUCCUCGCCUUCCACCCUCCCUCCGCCGCCGCCCUCCUCCCGCGCCUCUCCACCGGCCUCCGCCUCCGCGACCACGCCGUCUCCCCCGCCUCCUCCGACUACCGCCGCCUCCUCUCCGAGCUCUCCCGCGCCGGCCUCUUCGACCGCAAGGGCCACACCACGCUCGCCCUCCUCUCCCUCAUCGUCCCCCUCCUCGCCCUCGCCGUCGCCGGCGUCCUCCUCUCGGACCGCGCCUCCGUCCACCUCCUCUCCGCCGCCCUCAUCGGCUUCGCCUGGAUCCAGAGCGGCUGGAUCGGCCACGACUCCGGGCACUACAACGUGAUGCCCACGCGCCGCCUGAACCGCCUCAUCCAGAUCCUCUCCGGCAACGUCCUGGCCGGCAUCAGCAUCGCUUGGUGGAAAUGGAACCACAACGCUCACCACAUUUCCUGCAACAGCCUGGACUUCGACCCCGACCUUCAACACCUCCCCUUCUUCGUCGUUUCCUCUUCCUUCUUCACCUCCCUCACUUCCCGCUUCUACGACCGCAAACUCAACUUCGAUUCCCUCGCUAGGGUUCUUGUCAGCUACCAGCAUUUCACCUUCUACCCUGUCAUGUGCUUCGCUAGGCUCAACCUCUUCGCCCAAUCCUUCUUCCUCCUGCUCUCCAACCGUAAGGUCGACCACAGAGGUGUAGAGCUUCUUGGCCUGCUCCUGUUCUGGAUUUGGUACCCUCUCUUAAUCUCCUUCUUGCCCAAUUGGUGGGAGAGGGCUCUCUUUGUUCUUGUUAGCUUCUCUGUUACCGCAAUUCAGCACGUUCAAUUCUGCUUGAACCAUUUCUCCUCCAAGGUCUACCUUGGCCCCCCCAAUGGCUCCGAUUGGUUUCAGAUACAGACCAAUGGCACUCUCGAUGUUAGCUGCUCUUCCUGGAUGGAUUGGUUCCACGGUGGCUUGCAGUUUCAGGUGGAGCACCACCUCUUUCCGCGCCUCCCACGCUGCAAUCUCAGGAAGAUUGCGCCAUUGGUUAAGGAUCUCUGCAACAAGCAUAACCUUCCUUACAACUGUGUCUCUUUCUGGAAGGCCAAUGUGCUCACCAUUCAGACUCUGAGGACCGCCGCCUUGCAGGCCCGCGACGCCUCCAAGCCCCUCCCCAAGAAUUUGGUUUGGGAGGCUGUUAAUACUCAUGGAUGAAUGAAUGGGACUUGAGUGAAGCUUCUUCGUGUGAUUUUGCUGUCAUCGAUGGUUUGAGUAGUGGUGGUUGGCCAGGACUAAACUUAGAUGAAGUUGUGUACCCUUGUUUUUGGUACUGUUCUCCAAUCAGAAUUCGAGUUUUAUCUUGAUAUUAUUCGAUCAGAAUAAUUCGAGUUUUUCCUUGAUGAGGUAAAGCUUAUUUUUUGAAUGGAAAAGAACACUACAAGUACUUGAGGAAUUGUGUACGAGUUUUGUCCAUCUUUGGUUUUGAAGAAAGAAUAAUUGAUUUGCGAAUUGCUUAGAGGCUUCGGGUGCUCAUUGUCUUGGUAGCGGGAUCGGUUAAUCGUCGUUUGGAAAUAGGUUCACGAUGGUACCAGAGCCUUCAUGACCAAGUGGUCUAGAGUUUAAUUCUUGCUGCUCAUGAAAAGCAUAUUGGCAUGUGCAUCACUCACACUUCUAGUCCAAAGAGCACUUCCGUGAAGGAGUAUUUUAAAGUUAUAAUAUACAAUCAUGAACUCUUUACCUAUAAAACUUGUGCUCCAUUUCCGCUACAGAUAUCUGUCUAUCUUAGUCAUGAAAAGACAUGAGCUAUGUAAAUUGUUUCCCCAAGCUGAAUUCAGUGAAUUAUUAUUCA